AUGUACACCUCAACCAUCCUCCUCAUCGCGGCUGCGGCUACUGCUGCCGUCGCCGCCCCAGUAACCACCAUCAAGACAACCAACCCCACCAAGACCAUCGCCGUCGCGCCUGCCUCAGCCGGCAUGGUCGACACAGAGGGUCAAUGCAUUCAUCCUCCACGCGACGCCGCUGCUGACAUCGCUUCUGUCGCCACGGCCGCUGCUCGGGUCGCUGGAGGGGAGACGCAGGAGGAGUACAACCAUAAGCUUGUCAAGAUGGAUAAGGCGAGGGAGCAUGUAUGGCGCGACUACAUGAUGGAUGGCGAACUAGACGAUGGAUGGUGGGCUAUAUGA